AUGGCAGUCGCUCAGUUGGCUGACGCCCCCUCUUGCCGCGUUGGGCGGUGCGGCUGUGUCUUGUCCGCCUUGCUUAGGACGGGCAGUUUACUACCGCCUUAUGGCAGUUGGUAUUACUGCAAUGUGACAACAAUAUGCAAAAAGGUAGUGUCUGAGGUUGCUGGGAAAGGAUUACACAUAUCCCGCCUAAAGCAUGCAUGCUAUGCUUAUCAAUUCUUGAAGCAUUGCAUGAUUCUAAGGCACAUCGCAGCUGACUGGGAGAGCAAAAGCAGCAUCCAGGCAGCCAGGCUACACAAGGCGGAAGAUCAGGCACCAAAGACAAGCUUUUCACAACCAAUCAAAAGGGGGCGCUACCAGCGGGGCAGACCCACUGCAAUAACAACUCAUUCCCCAGUUCCUAAUGAUAAUCGGCUUGACAAUGACUCGCUUGCUAUGGAAUCAAAAUAUAUGUCGUCUCAUGCAUUGUCGACUUAA